CGUGGGCGUGGGCGUCGGCGUUAUCGGCGGCGUCGGUGUUGUGGGUGGCCAUCUGAGCGACGCCUCACUGUCGCCCAUCCAGCAGGGCGCCAACAUCGUAGCCAGCAGCAACAGUUCGCCCCUGGGCCAGAACGGCGUGCCGCUCCUAACCACAAUGCAUCGAUCGCCGGACAGUCCGCAGCCGGAGCUGGCGACCAUGACGAACGUGAAUGUCCUCGAUCUGCACACGGACUCGGCCAAGCUGUACGACAAGGAGGCUGUCUUUAUCUAUGAGACGCCCAAGGUGGUGAUGCCGCCGGACGGUGGUCCGGGCGGUGGCAACGGUGGCGGCGGUGCCGGCUCGAAUGGCGGCCAUGACGAUGGCCAGGUGAUAGAUGCGCGCAUUGCUGCACAAAUGAGCACACAGCAUCUGGCGGCGUCUAACCAGCAGCAACAGCAACAGCAACAGCAGCAGCAGCAGCAGCAGCAACAGCAGCAGCAGCAGGCGGAACACCAGCCGCUGGCCAAGAUUGAGUUCGAUGAGAAUCAAAUCAUACGCGUUGUCGGCCCCAAUGGCGAGCAGCAGCAGAUCAUUUCGCGGGAGAUCAUCAACGGCGAGCACCACAUCCUCUCCAGAAACGAGGCUGGCGAGCACAUACUCACGCGCAUCGUCAGCGAUCCGUCGAAGCUGAUGCCGAACGACAAUGCCGUGGCCACCGCCAUGUACAAUCAGGCCCAGAAGCUGAACAACGAGCAUCAGGCGGUCUAUCAGACCUCACCCCUGCCCCUGGAUGCCUCGGUGCUGCACUAUGGCAACGACAAUGUGAUCAAAACGGAGGCUGAGAUCUACGAGGACCACAAGAAGCAUGCAGCCGGCGUUGGCUCCAUCAUCUACACCAGCUCCGAUCCGAAUGGCGUCAAUGUGAACGUCAAGCAGCUGCCGCACCUGACGGGCGUGCCACAGAAGCUCGACCCGGAACUAUACCAGCCGGACAAGCACAUCGAUUUGAUCUACAACGAUGGCAGCAAGACUGUCAUCUAUUCCACCAGCGAUCAGAAGGGCCUUGAGAUCUACUCGGGCGGCGACAUUGGCAGCCUCGUCUCAGACGGCCAAGUGGUGGUGCAGGCGGGUCUGCCCUAUGCCACAACCACCAGCGGCACAGGACAACCAGUCUACAUAGUGGCCGAUGUCGAGGAGCAUCUGCAGGGCAAUGCGAGCAGCGCCGGCAAACUGAAUGGCCAGACCACACCUAUCGAUGUCUCUGGCCUAUCGCAAAAUGAAAUUCAAGGCUUUCUGCUUGGUUCACACCCCUCAUCGUCGUCCGCCACAACCGGCGUUGUCUCCACAACAACAAUCUCGCAUCAACAGCAACAGCAACAACAGCAGCAACAGCAACAGCAGCAACAGCAGCAACAACAACAACAGCAGCAGCAUCAACAGCAGCCGCCACAUCCCAGCGACAUUGUGACCAUAACAACGGCAGGAGUGGGGAGCGCGGGCUCGAUCGUCUCCGCUGCAGUGCAGCAGCAGCAACAGCAACAGCAGCAGCAACAGCAGCAGCAGCAGCUGCUGAGCAUCAAACGUGAGCCCGAAGACUUGAGCAAGGAUCCCACCAAGAAUGGCAGCCUGGGCGCCUCGGCGAAUGGUUCAGUCAUAACGCAGAAGAUAUUGCGCGUGGAUGCAGCUAGAAGUGAAGAAACUGAGGCAACUGCAACUGCAACUGCAACUGCAUUCGAUAUAGCCAAUAAAACGGCAACUGCAACAGCAACAGCAACAGCAACAACAACUGCAACUGCAACUGCAACUAGUCCCGCCAGAGCGACAACAGAUCUAGAGAUGUAUGCUACCACGGGCGGCACACAGAUUUAUCUACAGACCUCACAUCAGAACAGCAAUGGAACCAGCACACAGCAGAGCACAUUGCAAGCCCAAAGUCCCAGUCCGGGUCCAUAUAUCACAACGGAUAGCUAUGGCAUGUACACGACGACACGACUGCCACCUGGACCGCCACCCGCCACCACAUUCAUAACGGAGCCCUAUUAUCGUGAAUAUUUCGCACCCGAUGGCCAAGGCGGCUACGUGCCAGCGGGCACCGCGCGCAGUCUCUACGGCGAAGAUGUUUCCGUCACGGCGGCCGCACAGCCACAGCCGGUGGGCGGUGUCUAUGAGGCGCGCUUCAGCAGCAAUGCGCCCACCACCACCACAGUGCUAACCAGCAGCAAUGCACACCACCACAGUCAACAACAGCAGCAGCAGCAACAGCAACAACAACAGCAACAGCAGCAGCAGCAACAACAGCAGCAGCAGCAACAGGAGCAGUCGGGCAAGAACGGCGGGACGCCGCUCUAUGCCAAGGCUAUAACGGCGGCGGGUCUCACUGUGGACCUGCCCAGUCCCGAUUCGGGCAUUGGCACGGAUGCCAUAACGCCGCGGGAUCAAAAUCACAUACAGCAGUCCUUCGACUAUACGGAACUGUGUCAGCCGGGCACCCUAAUCGAUGCCAAUGGCAGCAUACCCGUUUCAGUGAAUAGCAUACAACAGCGCACCGUGGUCCAUGGCAGCCAGAAUAGUCCAACCACAUCGCUGGUGGAUACGAGCACAAAUGGAUCGACACGCUCGAGGCCCUGGCACGAUUUCGGACGCCAAAAUGAUGCUGAUAAAAUACAAAUACCAAAAAUCUUCACAAAUGUGGGCUUUCGCUAUAAUCUGGAGAGCCCGAUCAGCUCGUCGCAGCGUCGCGAGGACGAUCGCAUCACCUACAUCAACAAGGGUCAGUUCUAUGGCAUUACGCUGGAGUAUGUGCACGAUGCGGAUAAGCCAAUCAAGAAUACAACAGUUAAGAGUGUGAUCAUGUUGAUGUUUCGCGAGGAGAAGAGUCCCGAGGACGAGAUAAAGGCCUGGCAAUUCUGGCAUAGUCGCCAGCAUUCCGUGAAGCAGCGAAUCUUGGAUGCAGAUACAAAGAACUCGGUUGGUCUUGUUGGCUGCAUUGAGGAAGUGUCGCACAAUGCCAUUGCCGUCUACUGGAAUCCGCUCGAGAGCUCUGCCAAGAUCAACAUUGCGGUUCAGUGCCUCAGCACGGACUUUAGCAGUCAGAAAGGUGUUAAGGGCCUGCCGCUGCACGUACAAAUCGAUACGUUCGAGGAUCCACGCGAUGCGACGGUCUUUCAUCGCGGCUACUGUCAGAUAAAGGUCUUCUGCGAUAAGGGCGCCGAGCGUAAGACGCGCGAUGAGGAACGCCGAGCGGCCAAGCGCAAAAUGACAGCAACUGGACGCAAGAAGCUGGACGAGCUCUAUCAUCCGGUCACAGAUCGUUCCGAGUUCUAUGGCAUGCAGGAUCUGGCCAAGCCGCCAGUGCUCUUCUCGCCCGCCGAGGACAUGGAAAAGAGCUUCUAUGGCCAUGAGACUGACUCGCCGGAACUGAAGGGCGCUUCGCCUUUUCUGCUGCACGGCCAGAAGGUGGCCACGCCCACGCUCAAGUUUCACAAUCAUUUUCCGCCCGACAUGCAGACUGAUAAAAAGGAUCACAUAUUGGAUCAGAGUAUGUUAACCAGCACGCCGAUGUCCGACUUUGGGCCACCCAUGAAACGGGGUCGCAUGACGCCGCCGACCACGGAGCGAGUCAUGCUGUACGUGCGGCAGGAGAACGAGGAGGUCUACACGCCGUUGCAUGUGGUGCCGCCCACGACGAUUGGCCUGCUCAAUGCGAUUGAAAACAAAUACAAAAUAUCAACAACGAGCAUAAAUAACAUAUAUCGCACAAAUAAGAAAGGGAUUACGGCGAAAAUUGACGAUGAUAUGAUAUCCUUCUACUGCAACGAGGACAUUUUCUUGCUGGAAGUGCAGCAGAUCGAGGAUGAUCUGUACGACGUGACGCUCACAGAGCUGCCCAAUCAGUAGUAGUUGAACUCAAAAUACACACACACACAUAGACACAGAGAGAAGGGAAACACACACAAAAAUGUGGACACAAUUUUGCUAAAACAAAAACAAAAACAAAAAAGUUGUUUCAAUAAGCCAUCUUUUCAAAAUAAG